AUGUCUCGGCCGUGCUGCCAUGAUCUCAUCCUCAUCUUGGCCACCGUGAUCUUCUUUGCGCCACCACCGUUGGCGAGAGCAGCUGCUGCCAAGCUCGCCGACGUCGAUGAUCAUGGCGGGGACCUGCCGGCCGACGCCAUCUACCUCGUGCUGCUGCGCGGCGAGCCGCACCUGAAGGCACCGCGACGGCGGCAGCACGACAACGCGACGUGGUACCAUGAGCUCGAGCUGCGGGCACAGGAGAAGAAGAAGAUGAGGAGACAGCGGGCGCGUCUCCACGACGGCAUCCUCCGCCGCGCCAUGGCCGGCGCAGGCGGCAGCAAGUACCGCAAGCUCUACAGCUUCCACCACGCCGUGAACGGCUUCGCUGUCCAUGUGGCGGAGGGCUCGCGGGCGGCUGAGAGGCUGAGAGCGGCGCCGGAGGUGGCGGCCGUGGAGGAGGACAAGGGGACCAGGCUCAUGACCACCUACACGCCGCGCCUCCUCGGCCUCCCCGGCCGCGUGUGGCGGCAUAAACACGAUGGCGGCCGGGAGGAGACCAACGAAGGGGAGGGCAUGCUGGUCGGCGUCAUCGACACGGGGGCCAACCCCGAUCACCCCAGCUUCGCCUACGUGCCGUCCGGGGAGCCUCCUCGCACAGGUGUCUGCAGCUCCGGGCCGCGCUUCCCGCCGGGCUCGUGCAACGGCAAGAUCGUCACGGCGAGGUACUUCGCCGCCGGCGCCGUGGCCGUGCUCCCGCUCGACGCCUCGCGCGACCUGUCGCCGUUCGACGCCGACGGCCACGGCAGCCAUGUGGCUUCAAUUGCCGUGGGGAACCAUGGAGUGCCGGUGGUUGUCGGUGGCGCAAUGUAUGGCUUCGCCAGCGGAAUGGCACCACAUGCAAGAUUAGCUGUGUACAAGGCAAUGUACCCGGCAGGGGGGACUACCGCCGAUCUGAUUUCUGCCAUUGAUCAAGCAGUGCAAGACGAGGUGGACGUGCUGGUGUUGUCCAUCGGGCCAGGCGCGCCCCCACCGACCAAGGUCACCUUCCUCGGCAUGCUCGACGUGGCUCUCCUGUUCGCGAGGAGGGCCGGCGUGUUCGUGGCUCAGGCCGCCGGCAACGGCGGCCCGGCUCAGUCAUCCAUCGCCUCCUACAGCCCGUGGGUAACGGCCGUCGCCGCCGGCACCACUGGCCGAACCUACACGCCGUGGCUGGUCCUCGGCAACAACCGCCGGGUCCCAGGGCUCGGCCUCUCGGCACCCACUCCUGGCGGUGGCCUGCUACAGCACAGGCUUGUCGCCGCCGGAGAGGAUGAGGAAUGCCAGGACGCGGAGGCGCUGCGGAGGCGCGUUGGUGGGGUGGUGCACGGCAACGUCGUCCUCUGCUCGUUCUCGCGGGGAUUCUACGAGGGCAGGUCGACGGUGGCCGCCGUCAUCACCGUGGCGGAGGCGUUCGGGCUCGCCGGCUUUGUCCUUCUCGCCGAUGCUCGGUACGGUGACUUCGUCGCGCAGCCCAUCCCGUUCCCCAUCCCCGGCGUCAUGGUCCCCCGCGUCGCCGACGCCCAGGUGGUGUGGUCAUACUACGCAGAGUGCACGAUGUUCGGUGGUCUCGCCACGGCGGCGAUCACGGAAGGGAGAGCCGCGGCGUUCACAGACGCGGCGCCGGUGGUGGCGCAGUACUCGUCUCGGGGGCCGGACCUGGCCGACGCAGAGUCCACGCCCGCGGACGUGCUCAAGCCGGACGUGCUCGCGCCCGGCGACCAGAUAUGGGCGGCCUGGAGCGCGCUGAGCGCCAACGAGCCCAUGCUCGCCGGCAACCAUUUCGCGAUGAUCUCCGGCACCAGCAUGGCGGCACCGCACGUCGGUGGCGUCGCCGCUCUCAUCAAGCAGCGGCAUCCAUCGUGGGGGCCGUCGACCAUCGCCUCCGCGCUGUCGACCACCGCACUGAGGCAUGACAACCGCGGGAGACCCAUCAUGGCGGAGGGCUUCGAGCUUGGCAUGUCGCAGCCGGCGACACCAUUCGAUUGCGGCGCAGGGUUCAUCAACCCUGCCGGCGCAAUGGACCCCGGACUCGUUCUCGAGUCUGGGUUCAACGACUACAUCAGUUUCCUCUGCUCGUUGCCGCAGCUCAGCCCCGACGAUGUCCGAGGAGCCACCGGAGAGACAUGCCAGGCUGCACUUGAUUCUCCAGCGGACCUCAACCUGCCGACCAUCACUGUCUCUGCACUGCAAGGUUCUCUGACCAUGCGGCGCAGGGUGACGAAUGUGGCCAGCAACGCCGAGAGAUACCUCUGCUCCGCCCUACCGCCGGACGGGGUAGUCGUCGGCGUGCGGCCGGGGUGGUUCGACAUUGCUCCCGGAGAGACACAGGAGGUUGUGAUUGAGAUGAAUGUGAGCAGGGCGUCAGGGGCUUUCAGCUUCGGAGAGAUAGUCCUUACUGGCAGCCUAGAUCACCUGGUCAGGCUGCCUCUGGCAGUCCGAGCGCUUUCAACCACAUGA